AUGCCCCUGCGACAGCUCUUCGACCCCAGCAGCGCUACUACUAGCGGCAAAGCUAAAGUAGAUCUCAUUGCGGUCCACGGCCUCAACCCUCGGAGCAAGAAGGAUGCCGACCACGCGUUUGAUACCUGGCGGACGCCGGCCGGUGAAACGGGGCGGCUGUGGCUGCGCGACGACUUGCCAUGCGUCCUGCCAGACACGCGCAUUUGCCUAUACGAGUACAACGCAACAGCGGUCUACGGGAAAGACCGAGACACGUUUGUCGGUAAGGCAAACGAGCUGCUGGAGGCAAUCCGGAUAGAAAGGGACGAGGAUGAGGACCGACCAAUCAUAUUCCUAGGUCACAGCAUGGGCGGCCUGCUGAUUAAACAGGCCUUGAUCAAUGCACACAACAACCCAAAGUAUACCUCCAUCAAGAGUGCGACUAGUGGUCUAGUCUUCUUUGCGACGCCGCACAACGGAGGAGACUGGAAGUUGGUCAGCCUUGGUGGGGUGGCGGCAAAGAUUGCGACGCGGUCAGGAUUUCAGAAAGGCGAUGAUGUGAUUGAAGUCUUGAAGAAGGGCAGCAUGUUUUCGGACAUCAUGGAGGAACAGUGGCGACAUCAGCUACUGAUGUAUGAUAUUGUGUCGUUCUGGGGAUCGGAAGAUGACAUUGUCCCCCGGGAGAGUGCACGGUUCGGCCUGCCGGGGGAUCGGGAGAAUGUCGUGAAGCUAAAUGCCGACCAUGGUAGCGUAUGCAGGUUCGGGUUAGGCCAGACGGACCUGGACAACUUGAAGCUGGUUCGUGGCAAUAUCCGGGACGUGUACCGUAAUGCACUGAAGACGCGUGCAUCACCACCCGGGGAAAGCGGAGAAAUCCACCGGCGACAUCACUAUAUUCCACUGACUCAGAACCGCAAAUUUACCGGACGGACCCAAGUGCUUGAACGGCUCCAAGAAAAGCUUUUCAUUGAGCCAGACUGCCAGAAGCUCGUAGUGCAAGGCCUAGGAGGCGUGGGCAAGACGCAAGUAGCAUUACAGUAUGCAUUUUGGGUAAAGGAACAUCAGCCAGACUACUCUGUUUUGUGGGUUCCGGCAUACAGUCGUACAGGCUUCGACCAGGCAUACAUGGAGAUUGCCAGGCGCCUAGGUAUACAAGCAACCGGCAAGGACCAAGACGCUCGAGAGUUGGUGAGACGACGUUUGGAGUCAGAAGACAGCGGCAAGUGGUUUCUCGUCGUCGAUAAUGUUGACGACGUAGACAUUUUGUACGGACAAGCCGGCUCCAACUCCAACCCCAACUCCGAUGCGGCAUCCGAAGAUGGUAUACAUCAGUACCUGCCAGAAAGCCAGAAUUGCGUCCUUCUGUUCACCACGCGCUCGCCGGACGUGGCUGUCGAGAUUGCUGGCCCCGAUGUGAUUGACCUAGAAGAAAUGAGCUCCGAGGAAGCUGUCGGCCUUUUGACGACAUUGUUACGUCGGCAGGAGCUCCUUCGGGAUAAGACAAUCGUUGCAAAGCUCCUGCAGGAACUUGCGUAUUUGCCGCUGGCCAUUGCGCAGGCUGCUGCCUAUCUUAACCGGAACCGGCAAUCGUCCAUCAGCUCUUACCUCAAGCUAUUGCAUGGCACCGAGGAGGACAUAAUAGGCCUACUGAGCCGGGAAUUCCGAGAUGGCUCUCUAUUCCAGGCAUCGCAGCGGGCGGUGGCGACGACCUGGAUGGUCUCGUUUGAUCUUAUCUCUGUUUCGGAUGAUGCAGCUAUAAAACUGCUUUCAUUUAUAUCCUGCAUCGAGCCAAAGAGCAUUCCCCUCUCGCUCCUACCGCAGAAUAAGUCGGCGGAAGAGAGACAACACGCGAUCGGAACGCUGUGUGGGUAUGCGUUUCUGGUCGCUAGAGAAGAUGAAGAAAUGUUUGAUAUGCAUAGGCUGGUGCAUAUGGCGACAAGGAUAUGGAACCAACGACAUGAUCGAAUAAAGGAAGUGACGCUGGGUGCUCUCCAUCAACUGAACGCAGUGUUUCCACCGAUCGAUACGGCCAAUUGGGAACGCUGGAGAGUCUAUCUGCCGCACGCCGUACGAGCGCUUGGCGAGAGCAAGGGGCACUGUGUUCAGGAGAGAUAUGACUUAUUGAAUCGAGUGAGUCCAUACUUCUUUGAAGAAAGACGGUUCAAGGAAGUGUUACCGGCUUUGGAUGAGGCAGCCAGUUGGAGGAGGAAUGCAAUGCCUGAUACGAAUCCGGAUCGACUCACGACAGAACACUGGCUCGCAAAUGCAUACCUGGAAAAUAGGCGAAUCAACGAAGCGAUUGUGUUAUUAGAGCAUGUCGUCGCGCUUCGGGAACAUAUGCUAGACGAGAGGGAUCGCUCUCGGCUACUUUCACAAUACCAGCUCGCAAGAGCAUAUCUGGCUUCAAGACGCAUCAAGGAGGCGAUUGUAAUAUUUGAGCAUGUGGUGGCGGUUCGGGAGAAGACACUGGAUGAGAGGGACCACAAACGACUAGACUCACAACAUGAGCUUGCGCGAGCAUACCUGGAAGACAGACGAAUCAAGGAGGCAAUUGUAAUAUUCGAGCACGUGGUGGCGGUUCGAGAUCAAAUGCUGGAUGAGAGGAGUCAACAUCGACAAGGCUCACAACACAUGCUUGCACGGGCAUACCUGGAUGACAAGCGGGCCGCAGAGGCAGUCGUGAUAUUGGAGCAUGUGGUAGCGGUUCAAAGGCAGACGCUGGACGAAACGGAUCUUUUUCGACUGGCAUCAGAACAUGUGCUUGCGCGGGCAUAUUUGAACAACAGGCGGAUCAAAGAAGCGAUCGUAAUGUUUGAGUACGUGGUAGAAGGCUUCAAGCAAGCGCUGGAAGAAAAGGAUAUCUAUCGACUAAAAUCACAACGCGAGCUCGCACGGGCGUAUUUGGAUGAUGGGCGGAUCAAAGAAGCGGUUGUGAUGUUAGAGUACGUGGUGGCGGCUUUUGAGCAAACACUGGAUAGGAGGGAUUUUGAUCGGCUGGUGACAGAACACGUGCUCGCACGAGCAUACCUGGCGGAUGGAGAGGUUCAGAAAGCGGUCGCCCUCCUUGAGCAUGUUGUGGCCAUGAAAGCAGAAACUCUUGCGCCCAACGAUGACAGUCGACUUCUUUCAGUAGCAUUGCUAGCAGAUGCUAGAAAAGCGCUAUAA